AUGGGCCAAGAUUACGCACUUUCGUUGCUAGCUCACCCGCCUCAAUCGAUUGCACCGGAGGACAUGCGAGAAGCACUGUAUCCAAGUCUGACUGCUUGUGUCGAGCGGCUUCUCGGACGCGCAGCAUCGAACAAGCCUCUGCUUGACGUUGCCGUUCGCCUGACACGCCUGGUGGAUGAGUGUGAAGCACAGGCGGAACUCUUCGCCCGUACCAAGGAGAUGGUGGCUGGCGUCUAUGGACUGUUGGCUUCCGUCUUGGAGGAGGCCAGGCCCGUCAUGGGUCGACAUGAUGCUCGGGGUCUCGAGGCUCGCGUCACCCUCAUUCACGAGGCCAACAUUGCCGCAAGCAGAUUCCCAUUGCCACCCGCAGUGCGCGAAUUCCGUGCUUUUGCAGCAAGUGGCAGGCCACGGACUCGUGUGUCCCAUGUAGGCAGUCCGCAGGGCGACGACAUGUACCGGAAGUUCCGGCUCUUGGCCAAGAACUCGGUUCCGACAGCAACACUUGACCACGCCGAUCGCCUUCCCGGAGGCAUGCAAAUGUUCAACCCCAUGGCGGUGGGAAGAGAGCGCAUGCCGACUACUAUCGGCAACUACAGCCCGCGCGUAAUCGUCGGGCUUGAAGGCGGGAGGCUUGGCUUGUCCGACAAGUCGAGACUCACCAUGGAACUGAUGGCGCUUUCUCCGUCAAACGUGGACGAGCUCACGGACGGGAGAGCCAUGCCCAGCUCGUUGCAUGUUGUUGUGCGCAGUGGUGAACAUGUCCCAGUAGCCGACACGAGGAACUUUCUCCCGGCGGCACCGGAGGACGGGCAAUUGUUGAGGCAAAAGCAGGGUGGUUUGCAGCCGGGGCCGAAGACAACGUCUGGGAGAGCGUGCUUUGCGGUGAUGUUCGUGUCGUAA